AUUCGCUCCUUCUUCUCUUCAUCGCCCUUAUAUAUAUACAGAUUGGCAGCUUAUGAACUCAGUAAGCUGCUGCUUAUUAUCAUCAUCAUCAUAUAAUAUAUAAUAGAAAAUAGAAAAUAGAAAAUUAGAAAUCGUUUUGGGAAGGGUACAUUCUUUCUUGUAAGAAUAUAUAUGUAUAUAUAUAUAGAUUUGCAGAAAGAAAUCAAGGAAUAAUGGUGGGUUCUGGAAGGAUGAAGAAAGUGACAGACCCGCUUGAUGAUAGGGUCAAGGCCCGGAUUGUCGGUCGUGAUCCGGGUGAACCCGGAUAUGUUAGCAGUGGGAGCGAGCAUAGCGAGCAGGGUGAUGGUGAGGAAUCCUCGCCGAGUUUUUCGGAUCUUCUGUUUUGUUUUGCUGACGGGGAUGCCGGCGAGGGGUGGCCGGAGGAGGGGUCGGAUGAGGAGGGGGAUUUGUCGGCGGCGUGGGAGACGGGUCAGGCGGGUGAGGAUCCGGUUGGGUUUGGGGCGGCGAUGAUGAAUAAUGAGUCGGAUUUUUUCAUGCGGGUUCUUGCCGUUAACGUUGCUACGGCGGUUGAAAUGUACGCGUGUUUGGAUUCGAGCAAGCAGAUUCUGCGGCGGAGCGUGAUGGGGUUUCUGAGGGGGUUAGGGUACAAUGCGGCGGUUUGCAAGACGAAAUGGGAGGGUUCCGGCGGGCUCACCGCCGGAAAUCACGAGUUCAUCGACGUUAUCCGCCCCGACGCCGCCGCCGCCGCCGCCCGAUACCUCGUCGACCUCGAUUUCGCCGCCGAGUUCCAGAUCGCGCGGCCCACGAAGCACUACGAGCGGUUCGUGCAGUCAAUGCCGAGAAUCUUCGUCGGAAAACCCGACCACUUGAAGCAGAUUCUCAAGGCCGUGAGCGACGGCGCGCGGCGGUCCUUGAAGAGCCGAGGGCUCCAUAUUCCUCCUUGGAGAAAACACCGGUUCAUGCAAAACAAGUGGCUCGGAUCUUACAAACGGACCACAAAUCCCCUCCCCUCCGGCAACCCGCCGCCGCUCCUCCCGCCGUCAAACCAGACAUUAGGUAUCAAGUGCCGAUCCAUCGGGUUCGACGCCGCCGUUAACGGCCGUCUACUCUACCCAUCGGCAACCCGUACAAGAUAAGGGUGGUUUCACGGUCAGAUGUCUCAAUCAGAAAUUAAAAUUAAAAUUUUUUAUUACUAACGCCGUCGCUUUGUGCCCUCCGAUCGUUAAUUUUUUUUUUUUUUCCAUGUAAAUAUAUUAAAAGCGUUAUCCA